GAGGACCUACCGAGCCAGUGUCAGAGAGGACAUUGUGUGGUGGACCUACCGAGCCAGUCUUGGUGACAUCCGUGGUGCCAGACUGUGAGUGAGGAGGUGCCCACCGCCCCCUCCCCCUCCCACACGCCGGGAUGGAGCUAAGGAUACUCUGUUCUGGCCUGCUCCUGGCUAUCUUUGCUUGCGUCAUCGUUGACGUCAGCGCGCAGUCUGGUGGCGAGCAGGACUUGAAAAACUGCCUGCCCCCUAGUGUGAGAAAGCGAUCACCUCGUCGCAUGUACUUCAUCGUCAAUGAGCAGAUCAGGAUCGCCUGUAUUGCCACUGGAAACAAGACACUCGUCUACACAUGGCUCAAGGACGGUGAAGUCCUGGACUUUAACAGCAAGCUCAACAAAGGCCGUGUGCACUUUGAGCCUGGAGUGGGUUCUCUAAUCCUCACCAAGGCCCAGGAUCAAGAUUCUGGUGUUUACCAGUGUCGGGUGACCAACAACUGUGGCACAGCCUUGACCCCAACGACCAGGCUGCUCCAUGCCAAGAUUGACCCCUUCACCCCCCAGGACAAACCCGAACUCAUCAAGGUCAUGAUGGGAUCCAGUACCGUACUGGAGUGCAACCCACCAACCAGUGUUCCCAAGGCUGUGAUAGCCUGGAUCCUCAUGGACUCCACUGAGUCAAUGAGCGAUGUUGAUGAGUUGGAUUACGAUGAUGUUGGCUUCAUCACCGUGGAACAGAACCGACGUGUCACCAUGGAUUAUAAUGGCAACUUGUACAUCACAAGUGCACGCAAGGAGGAUGAGCAGGGAGGCAAGUCGUAUGUGUGCGCAGCGCAGAACAUGAGAACCCGCUCCUCCAACAAGGGAGAGGAUAAACUGAUCAAAGUACAAGGAGUGACUCCGACGUCAUUUGGUGUGGACCUCAUGUGGCACUCUAACACCACAACAAUGGUUCUUGAGGGGAAAAGAGCUCGUUUCAAGUGUAUCUUCUCUGGGAAUCCUGAGCCAGAGGUGUCGUGGGUACGAGUCAACGGCAACCUCCGACAGGAACGUAUGCAGGCCAACCACCACGAGUUCAUCAUCGAAGAUGUUCUUUAUGAGGAUGCUGGGGAGUACAAGUGUAUGGGGCGCAACUCGCUCCAACGGCAGCCCAUUGAACAUACGUUCACUCUCAAUGUAGAAGCGGCCCCUGCCUGGAGGUCCCACCCCCGAGACGUUACAGUCGGAGUGGAAGAGAGUGCCAGCUUUGAGUGUGAGGCUGUGGGCAAUCCCAAGCCCACAGUAGAAUUCUAUGUCAAUGGAAAGGCUAUUGAUGAGGCUCCAUCCAACCCCCGCCGCACCUUGAAGGGCAACACGCUGUUCUUCAGCAAUCUGGAGAAGAGCGACUCACAGGUCAUCCAGUGCAAUGCCUCCAACUCUCACGGCUCUAUCUGGGCUGAUGUCUACCUCUAUGUCCAAGCUCUCCCUCCCACCAUUGAGAAACCGCCCCAGGAUCGUGUGGUGACUGCCGAGGGCAAAGACCUGACUCUCUCCUGUCAGGUGACCGGCAAACCAAAGCCUAAGGUGGUCUGGUACAAGGGUGUACAGCCGCUGGUGCACAAACGUUUUCAGAUUACCGAGAAGGGAGAUCUGAUCAUUAAGAAAACGAACAAGAAGAAGGACCCUGGUACCUACAGGUGCAUUGCAGAGAACAAGUUUGGAAAGGCAGAGGCUGAGGGACAAGUGGUUGUGAGAAUGAAGACAUCUAUUGCCACCAAGCCAAUUGGAGAGCAGGUUGACUACACAAAUCCAGUAACCUUCACCUGUGGAGCUGUCACUGACAAAGAUGAGGUUGCCAAUCUCAAGUACCGAUGGCUCAAGGAUGGAGCAGAGCUGGAACCCUCUGACCGUGUGAGUAUUAAAGCUGGAGUCCUGACCAUCAUGGAGACAUCCAGCAAAGACACUGGGUCCUAUACGUGUGUGGCAGAAAAUGGCCUGGAUAAUGACACAGCCACAGCUACUUUGCAGGUCAAAGCCGUGCCAGAUCCUCCUUACAAUGUGUCAGUGUCAGACUGCCUUGCCAAGAAAGCCAUCAUCAAAUGGAAGUUUGAGGAGAAGAUGAGAAACUUCGACACAAUGACCAAGUUUAUUGUGGAGUCCACGACAGCGUACAAGAAUGAUGUAUGGGAGAAGGAGGUAACGCUACCGUAUCCGGCAUAUGAAGCCAGCAUCAACUUGUCGCCGUACGCCAAGUACAAGUUCCGUGUGAAGGCUGUCAACAUGAUGGGCAUCAGUGAUCCCAGCCACACGACGUACUCUUGGUGCGAGACCCCCAUGUCGUUGCCGGAUAAGAACCCAGACGGUGUCGAGACAGACGAGCAGUUUACUAACUUCCUGGUGGUCAAGUGGGAGCCAAUGGAAGAGAUUGAUCUAAAUGGCCCCCAGUUCCGCUACUUGGUGGAGGUACAGGAGAUAGGGACGGAUGAUGUGCAGACGUUUGAAGUGGAUGACUUUAGAGAGAAUGAGAAACACAUUCCUGUCAACAACACAUACAAGCCUUACCUUGUGAAGGUACGAGCGGUCAACCAAGUAGGCAAGGCCAUGGCCAACCCGCUUGCUAUUACUGGCUACUCCGGAGAAGCUCCGCCUCUGGUGGUCCCCGACAACUUUGAGCUGGACCCAGACGUGAACGUGACAGCAACCAGCGCCGGCUUCCGCUGGGACCCCGUGGAUACCAGCCCAGAGAUGAUACGCGGAGAGUUCUCUGGGUACAAGAUCCGAUUUUGGAAGAAGGGCCAGCAAGACAUCACCUUCCACGAGCACAUAGUACAGGAAGAGGCAGACAGCUUCCGGCGUCGCAGACAGGCAGGUGACAGGAAAGUGCGAGGUCUUGUGGCCAAUUUGCCGUCAUACGCAGAAGUGGAAGCGGAUGUGGUGGUCAUCAAUAAAAACUUUGAGUCCAACGGGAGCAACGUUGUCAACUUCUCAACGCCUGAAGGAGUUCCGGGUCGAGUGGAGUACCUUGAGGCUCUGUACCGGGGCUCCCAUCACUUCCUGUUGCAGUGGGCACCGCCCAAGGAACAGAAUGGUGUGGUCACAGGCUACAAGGUGUCUUAUCAAAGGAUUACAGAAGUCAAGCGUUUAGACUUUGGAGCCAAACAACUGGCAUACGACAAUCUGGCCCCUGACCAGAACCGAGUGACCCUGAGAGGUCUAAUCCCAGACUCUCAGUACCGGGUGUUUAUUCAGGCCAGCACCAAGGAAGGACUUGGCAAGGAAUACUUCAUCGACAUACGCACCAACAGUGGAGUCUUGUCGAUGGCCCUCCCUGUGGUCCAGGAUGUAGAAUCCUCUGAAGACGAGGCCAACAUAACCUGGGGCGUUCUUUCUGCUGAUAAAGGCAGCAGACAUGGGCAGUUCUACUACAUUGAGUACAGGAAAUUAAAUACCGAAAAGUGGAUGCGCGACAAAGAUGUGGUGGAGGGCCAGUUUUGGGGUGAGCUGAAGCACUUGGAGCCUGGCACCCGGUACGAGGUUCGAGUCCUAGCCAUGGCACAUGAGAAAGGAGAGUCCCGGCCCAGUAAACCGUUCCCGUUUGCCACCUCAGGAGUGGGUGCAUCCCGGGCAAGUUUCCUGAGCGCAGCCUGGUUCAUCGGCAUGAUGGUAGCCAUCAUCAUUCUCAUCCUCAUCCUCAUCAUCGUCUGCAUCAUCAAGAGGAACCGUGGUGACAACUACCCAGUGCAAGAGAAGGAGAGAUUGCGAGGCAACUACAAUGAUGACAACCCUGAUCACUUUAACGGCUUUGGCAAGGGAGAUGAGAACGGCCUUGGAGGGAGCAGCUCAUUUGACCGUGAUGCAGAGAAGGUGCCCCUGGAUGAAGACACAGACAGCUUAGACUACGGAGACGAUGAUGCCAGCAAAUUCAACGAGGACGGCUCCUUCAUUGGCCAAUAUGGUCGUGGCGAGAAAGGGAAUGAGGGAACAAAUGCCUCAUCUAUAGUCUAACAGCAUACAUAUACACCUUUUUGGUGAAAUUGAGUUUGUGUUUUUCUUUUUGUUUGAAAGAAGAAGUGGAUGCCUAAGGUCUAAACGGAGCCAAACAAAAUGUUCAGUUGUAAAUGUUUUUCUACCUGAGUAGAUGACUAAAUCAUUUUGAUUUUGACCUUAUACUUUUUAGGAAUAGAUGUAAACUCAGCUUUAAAAUGUUCAUUGCAAUUUAAGUUGCAACACUACAGAAAACUAAUCCACUUAUUAUGUUUACCACAACUUUAAAAUACGUUUUCUUUUGGCUCACUUUAGGUCUCAGGUUUCCAAAUAUGAGAACUAGUUCCAAACUUGUGAUGUGAUAAUGAUUUCUGUUGGGAAGUUAAAGGUUUUUUGGUAUAUUUGUUCAUAAUGUUUUUUCUGUGCUGUAAGAAGCUUCUGGGUUGCAAUUUCUCUAAUAUGGAAGGUUAAGGGGUUUCUUUUGUAAUUAUUCAACAUGUUCUUUUACGUGCUGUAAGAACAAGCUUUUAAUAUGGCAGACCAUCUGUCGCAUUUUCAUUUUGGCUGAAACCUGAAGACGUUUUCCUCCUUUGUUCCUUUUUUUGAAUUAUAAUACAAGAUGUAGCUUGUUGCAAUGUUCUGCACGCUCUUCUAAUUUGAUCUGAAAACUCGCAAAAAAUUAAUUGUAGUUUUAAGUCUUGCCAGGAAGACAAGAUAGUAUGCUGUAUUUGCUGUGUCACAGCUUUCCUUCUAACGAAGAAGAUUGUGACAAUUAAUUUUUUUAAGGGUUUUCAACUUAUGAAGAAGUUAAAUUUUUCUAGGUAGAGAGCGACUAUGCUUUUCAUUGUGUCAAGCUUUUUCCCUAUAUUAUUGGGAUUUUGUUUUCGUUUUUCUGUGUGGAGGUAGUUUACACUUUAAUGUGUCCGGUCUGCAGCUUUAGGUUGUGAUGUGCUAUUUAUUCUCACCUGUUCUGUAGUCCUGGUAACUGUGUAGUUUCUGCCUGUGAAAGAGGCGGGUCAUUGGCUUGCUGGAGAGAAUUGGAUACACAAGUUGGAGAGAGGACAUUUGCUAAGAAAGGUCUUGGCCCUGUUCUAGUUUUGGUGAUGUUAACGUUCUGCACAAAUUAAGGGACUGUUUACAAACUUCUGACAGAUCAUCCUACAUUGUCAGCUAAAGUUUUUAAUAAGUCUGUGUCACACUCGUUGCAAGAAAUGGAAUUUUCCAGACAAUUUUCCUAUUGCUCGUGAAUGUCCUCCCUUGAACUUUAUAUUUUCUCAUUUUUUUCAUGAUUUUUUUCCCCCCUAGAUAGGGAACUUAAUGUAUGCAAGGAAAUAAGUGUUUCUCUUACACUAUUUAUGAGAAUGUACUGAAGUCAUUGAGACAUUGUGUGUUUGUAUGUGUGUGUGCAUGCAUGUGUGUGUGUGUGCGUGCAUGCAUAUGUGUGUGUGUCUGUGUAUGUGUAUACGCAUGUGUGCAGGCGCUUGUGUGUGUGUGUGUGUGUGUGUGUGUGUGCAUGUGCGCAUAAGAAAGAGAGAGAAAAAGAAAGAAAGAAGGCUGACUGAUCAAUGAGUGUGGUUUAAUAUUUUGGUUGGUUUGAUUUGUAAAUCUUUGUAAUAGUAGAUCUAUACAGAUAUCAUUCAGUGUAGUGUGUGCCUGUGUGUUUUGGUAGGAGUGUAUAUAAUCUACUACAUGGAUGUGCUUGUCUUACUUGCCCCAGCUCGCUACUGCCUCUAUUCCUGCUUCUCUGUACGUUGAUUUUGUUGUGCGCAGCACACGCAGUGUGUGUUGUUCUCUCAUUCUAGUUCAUUCCAGUGUGUGGUUUAGGGGGACUCUAGCCUGGCUGGAUUUAGUGCGGUGUUCCUGUCUGUGUUUGUAUGAAAAA